GCCUCGGCGGGGCUCGUGGAGCCGGCCGGCGCUGCGGCGGGGGCGCUGCCUGAGCCGGGGAUCCGCGGGGCUUCGGGGACGGGCGCCCCGGGGGGGUCCCUGCCGCCGCCCCCGGGAGGGCCGAGAGCCCCGCGUGGUGGACACUGCAGCAGACGCCGUACUGAGGCGCCCCGAGCCUGCUCCGCCUGCAGCUCCGUGCGCUUUCGGCACCCGGGCGCCUUGCCCGGGGCACGGGCGGCUGGCGCACCGCGGCGAGCCGGGUGCAGGACUGGCUAGAGGGGUGUGUGUGAGCGUGUUCGAUUGGAGAUCUGAGCUAAAGCAGAGCCCGGCGGACCAGAGCAGCCAUGCUUCCCGGGGUGGGCGUGUUCGGCACCAGCCUCACGGCCCGUGUCAUCAUCCCGCUGCUGAAAGAUGAGGGCUUCGCGGUGAAGGCGCUGUGGGGCCGCACGCAAGAGGAAGCGGAGGAGCUGGCCAAGGAGAUGAGCGUCCCCUUCUACACAAGCCGCAUUGACGAGGUGCUGCUGCAUCAGGACGUGGACUUGGUGUGCAUCAACCUGCCGCCGCCCCUCACCAGGCAGAUCGCUGUCAAAACCCUGGGCAUCGGCAAGAACGUCAUCUGCGACCGCACGGCCACGCCGCUGGACGCCUUCCGCAUGAUGUCGGCGGCCCACUACUACCCCAAGCUCAUGAGCAUCAUGGGCAACGUGCUGCGCUUCCUGCCGGCCUUCGUGCGCAUGAAGCAGCUCAUCGAGGAGGGCUACGUGGGUGAGCUGCUGGUGUGCGAGGUGCAGGUGCACAGCGGCAGCCUGCUGGGCAAGAAGUACAACUGGAGCUGCGACGACCUGAUGGGCGGCGGCGGCCUGCACUCAGUCGGCACCUACAUCAUCGACCUGCUCACCUUCCUCACCGGCCAGAAGGCCGUCAAGGUCCACGGGCUGCUCAAGACCUUCGUGAAGCAGACCGACCACAUCAAGGGCAUCCGCCAGAUCACCAGCGACGACUUCUGCACCUUCCAGAUGGUGCUGGAGGGCGGCGUGUGCUGCACCGUCACCCUCAACUUCAACGUGCCCGGCGACUUCAAGCAGGACGUGACCGUGGUGGGCUCGGCCGGGCGCCUGCUGGCGGUGGGCACGGACCUGUACGGGCAGCGCAACAGCGCGCCGGAGCAGGAGCUGCUGCUGCAGGACGCCACGCCCGUCAGCAACUCCCUGCUGCCGGAGAAGGCCUUCAGCGACAUCCCGGCGCCCUACCUGCGCGGCACCAUCAAGAUGAUGCAGGCCGUGCGCCAGGCCUUCCAGGACCAGGACGACCGGCGCACGUGGGACGGGCGGCCGCUCACCAUGGCCGCCACCUUCGAUGACUGCCUGUACGCCCUGUGCGUGGUGGACACCAUCAAGAGGUCCAGCCAGACUGGCGAGUGGCAGAACAUCGCCAUCAUGACCGAGGAGCCUGAGCUGAGCCCCGCCUACCUGAUCAGCGAGGCCAUGCGCCGCAGCAGGAUGUCCCUGUACUGUUAGCGCGGGACGGAGGACCGAGGGGGACGCCGGUCUAAAGCGUGGAGCCCAGAGAGAGGGGUUAGGCGUGGGGCAGAGGUGGCCUCCAGCAGUGCAGGGCGGGAAGGUGGAGGGGGGCAGUGUGAGGAGGCAGCAUCUGAGGAGGGGAGCCCCAGCCCGGGGGAGGGGCGCAGACGGAGACUGUUGUCAGGCUGAGCUCAUGGCCUGGGAGUGUUGGGGGGGGCUGCUAUUCCUGACAUCGUGCCUGCACAGAUUUGCAUAAAGGGGGAGGAGGCUUCGCAGCUUCUGUUGCCCCCUUACGGUGAGAAGCAGAGAGGGGGUGCUUUCCUCCUCACCCCAUCCACCCCCUUCACCUUGGCCUCCUUGGCCAGCCCCGGGCCCCUGCCAUCUAGUGACAAGCUCACUGGGUGGCAGCUUUCCUCCCCGCACCCGCUCCUGGCAGGAGUAGGCACAUCCCCAUCUGUCCCUGGAAGCCUGUUAGUCUGGGGAGAAGUAGGGGUGCAGUGGGCUAAUGAGAACAUUCAAAUUCCAGGAAGCCACUUUAAAUGUCUGGAGGAAAAAGUACGUGGUAGCAAAAUGUCCAGCAAUCUUGACUGAUCGGUGUUCCUCAUAGGAAGCAGGAGGGAGCGUCUUCCUAAUUGGUUCAUUGCCCCUCACCUGGCCUGAGAUGGGGUAAGGGAGGGCCGGGAACAGCAAGUAAGCCAAAAAGAGAGCACCAGAGCUCACAGGGCACAGAGCCGGGGAGGCAGAGAAUACAAUAGCCCUUCGGGUUUGUCAACAAUUAAAAAAUUGCAAGGAGCCACCUUAUACUACUCCUUGGGGUAGGGGUGGUACUGAGCGUAAGGGGAUAUGCUACCGAAGUGUCCUUUCCCGUGGCUCUCCAGCAUGGUCAAAGGCACAGCAGGAGUGGGUCUGACCACAGGCUCACAUGCUGGGGCCCCCUGUGUUGCGGUGGGGCUCUCCCAGCAGGAGGGAAGGCGAGCCAGCCCUGGACGGGCUUUGGGCUCCGACCCCCGUGUCUCCUGCCAAGCUGGUAAAGGACUUUUAGGGGAUUCCCCCAGCUUUGUGGAUUUAAAAGGGAAGCCUUCAGUUCCACGCAAAUAUAAUCAUCUUCCCUUAAAAAAAAAAAAAGUCAAGGCUCUUUUUCUUAGCCUUGAACUUUGCUUUCAAGAUGCUGACACCUGCAAGAUUUUGAAUAGGUAUUAAACAAAAGGACAACCAGGAACAUAAUUUUCAGUGUUUCUAAAAUGGGGUUUUAGAGCCCUCAGGGGUGUAUCUUCAUGGAGGGCUGAGAAGGUUCAUGUUGGAAAAAACCGUAUUCUUUCUUUCCUUGGUCCCUUGUCUCUCUUGUCCUGUCUCUCUCUGCUUCCAGAGCUUUUACUAGAGAUGGUAGACGCAGGCUUGGAGUGGGUAGUUCCAAAGUGAACAACUGAAGCUACACACACACACACACACACACACACACACACACACAAGGGUUGGUCAACACUCAGUACCACCAAAUGUCACUGAAACGGUUCUUAAAAAUUUAGACCUUUCUUGAACGAAACGCCAAGUCAAACGUUUUGAAGACGGGGGAUUAGCUUUUCUUAAUCCUUCAUCCUCCGUUCGACAUUUGUCAGGCUUGGGUGUGGAGACCAGUACUUGUCUCCAUCUCCAUGGCUUUUGUUCACAGGUCACAGAAGUCCAACAGUUGUCUCUGGCACACAGUGGAGGUGUAGACAUCUUUUCAGGUGACUGGUGGUAGAACUGGAGGGGAAUUUAAGGGGCUGUGAGGCCCCCCCCAGGCUCUGAGGAGGCAGAAUCUGAAAAUGAACAGAAUAGUUCAUUGUACCCUCCCUCCUCCUCCCAGGGUUGGUACACUGUGCCGCCCGGCUGUCUGUGGGUGCAGGGUAGGCGUGUCUAAACCCCACGGGAAAGUUGGUCAUUUUCCAGCACAGAAGAGGAAGGAUUGUCUUCCCGGAAAGAGUCGCCCUACUUCCUGGGGUCCCAUUGCAACCUGGCUAUUUUAGUCAGCUGACACUCUCUAGGAUACAUGAUGGUCUCUGACAUCAUGCCUUCCUGGUGAGCAUGCCGGCUUUUGCAGUUGUCAGUUCACAACUAGACAUUUAGUACAAUGAACGACUCCCAGUAAUAGUUUGAGCAGAGGGCCGUGCGGUGGUCUGUGUGGGUUCAGGUUCUCCUCAAUUGCCCUCUGGAUAGAUAACUUUUGUAGACACUGAGUGGAAAGAAGUUGUUGUUGUUUGUUUUUUUCUAUCUAGCCUGAAAGGCUGUGAUUAAGGACGAAGGGAAAGAAAACUAGAUGACUCUAUGGGUCUCAUUUUUCUAAGUCGUUUAUAAUCUAAGUAGGGCUAUUGCAGGGGUUUCAAUUUUAUGUUUCUGUACUUAUCCAAAAGACUUGGGAAACUUUUUUUCUUCCAAAGGCCUCUGAGUUCUGUGAUAAAUAUUCAGUGUCUAAAACAAAAAAUUCUCAUUUGAGGCUAGGGUGUAUAGAAAGAAAAAAAAAUAUUCUUGAAAAGCAUGAAAAAUAUUUUAGUACAUCUACUCAAAUUUUAUGUACUGAAAUGCAUGUACUAGGUAGAUGCAGGAAGGAGAGGAAGAAAAGACCUAGGUAGUUCAUUUUUUAAAUACAAAAAUUAUAGGAAAUGAGUUCAAGGUGCUUCUUUUGUGCUCCUUUUCGCCCCUGUACUACCACUUGCAAAGCCUUGAUUGGGAGCCGCAAGGGAAGCCAAGAUCUCAAGCUUUGAGCAAAGCCUCCUGGGGCAAAGCCCAGCCCCUCCUAUAGUGCGCUCAGGGGACUGGGUGCCAUCAGGUGACUGUGACGCAGGACGAGCCCUGCACAGCAAUCCAGCCCCUCUGUGCUCGGGUUACAGUGUUUCAAAGACCCGGUGUAAGGGAGGCACAUUUUAGGGUCUUUACAUUUAGUCCUGUUGCUUGAUUUGUUCCUAUCAUUGUGUGGAUGCCUCUGGUCCCAGCAAUUUGGGCCCAUGCUACGGGUUGAGAGAGGAUGGAGGUCAGUGGUUCUUACCUGGUAUUUGCAAGUGUUUGGAAUGCUCUGGGCUUCGUUGGAAAGUUUGGAUUCUCUUGAGUUUUCUUGAGUCCAUGACCACUGUCAGCUCUUGUAUGAUUUGUCCUCUCAGUAGGAGAGACGGUGCAGGAUACCGCACAUGCUCCUUCCCUACCUGGUGGCAAGUGUCUGUGUGUCCAGUGUAUCUGGAGUCUCUAGGGGACAGUCUUGGCUGACUCCAAGACAAGCUACUUCCAGACCCCUUCUCCAUCGACAGAGAGCCAUCCAGGUACUCUCUGUGCGCCAACACUUCUCGAUCAUCCACUGUGUGCAGGUUUUUUUCGGCAAAUUUUCUCCUUGAAUCCCCCCAAGGACCCUGUGGUUUUGGGUAUUGUUCUUCUCAUGACACACGUGAGAAAAUCGAGGCUCUUACGGGAAGAGUAGCUUACCCAAAGUCACACAACCAUUAAGCAGAAGGGGAGUCCCCUGAAUCCAAAACUUCUCUUCUCCAAACCACAUUGCCUCCUGAGAAGAAAGAUUUGUGCCUCUGCUCCUUGUCGAGCACGGAGGGGGUUCCUGUCACGUCCUGUGAGCAUCCCACGACUCCCGCUCAGUGUGACCUGCAUGGGGGCUCUCCCCGACUGCUGUCCACACCGUCCUGUUGAACAGGAUGCCACAUUUGAUGUCCGGCCAGAAUGUUCCUUGUAGAGCUGCAAAUAGAAGCAGUCGAUUUUUCUUCCCCUUCCAAAAUGGAAAUGGCACUCAGCUUCUUUUAAAAUCGACUUCCUCAGUUGAUUGUGAUUGGAGGUGAUGCAGCCAACCCGAGAGUUGGGGAUUUUCAAGACGUCACUAGCCCACUAUUAUAGGUGGCCUUGGAUUUUGCUCUGGGGGGUGUGGCCUUCCUAUUAUUAUAGGAAAAUGUCUUCUCAGGGAGUGGGGCUUUUAGAGUUCGUUUGUUUGACUCCGAUUUACCUGUGCAUCGUAUUCAUACCUCUACUCUCAACUCUCUUCAUCUUGUCUCCCAGCCCAGCUGUUGGAUUUGAGCUGGGUCCUAAAGUAGGUCUCGGAUGGCAUUGCUUUUCUUCCGGUGGGACUGGAGGGGGUGGGGAAUGUGUCAGCAUGCUGGGGAGACAUCCUGGGGAGAAAGUAGCUCUGGUGGCAUCCGGAGGGACCCCAGAGCCCAGUGUCUUCACAUCCUUUAUUUUAUAUCCCAGAGAGGUUAAGUGAUGGCAGAGGUCACACUGCUUCUUAGGGGUAGAACCAGGACUAGAAGUCCCAUGUUGCAAGUCCCACCUUGUCACACACGGGUACCUUCAGAGCUUGCAGAUGGGGACGGGGAGGCAGAGAGGCGAAGUGACCCGUCUGAGCUCCCGUGGCUAGUUGGUGGAGGAGUUGAGAUUAGGACUCAGACCUGCAACCGACUGUAUUUCCUGAGCUACUGUGGCUGAAUCCAUUUAUUUUUUAGCAACUCAAUUAUGUCUCGAAUGUACUCAGAAACUAGCUGUUUGAAAUUUCCCAUCGUGAUUGUCAUUGUGAUCAGUUAUCUGUAGUUUGUAUGGUAUCUGGCAAGGAUGGGGGACACACGUCUCCAUGUCCAUCUUUGGUAUUUCCUGAGGCCAGUUCUGCUAAGAUUGUCCCCCUCCCCCACCGGCCAUUCCUCUCUGAGAUACAGUUCCAGGCCUUGACUGGUUUUUGACACCUGUUCCACCUGCUGCCUCCUUUCUUUGGCCAUCAAAGCCCUGAAGUUUCCAGGGCAGAGGCCAUGACAUUGGGGAGCUCAUUAAAAAUAAACUGUCAGAGCCCCGCAUUUCAGGUUUCUUUUGGGGACAGGGAGGAGGGCAAUGACAGGAGAGCUGUGUGUGUCCUAACCAACGGCCCACAUGCCCCACCUGGCCUGCCCCACCCUAGGCAGACAAGCAGGCUGAUGGCAGCCCUCUGAGUCUCAGGGGACAACCCUGACUGAGUCAAGCUCCCAGGCCCUCCCACAGGAGCAGCGAAGGCCUCCCGUGAUGCUGUCAGAGGCCAUGGGCUCAGUGGUCUCUCAGAGCCUGGAGGUGAGGCAACUGUCGUAUCUGAGUGACCACAUCCGUUAGCCAUGGAAGGCGGUGGCCUACUGACCUUUCUCUUCCCCAUGUCAGAGUCCCUAUUUGCUGGAGCCCUUGAGAGGGCCGCCGAAGCAUCUAGCUCUCAGUCAGGCUACUGAAGUGUUGCACUACUGAAUACUCUUGAUUCUGUUGUACUCUUUCCUGUUUAAACCAGCAGCGAGUGGAGUAAUAACAAGACCGUGUCGUAUGCAAUAGCUCCACGCUUAGUGCAGCAUCAAAAGCUCGCCUGGGCCGGUUGGGCAAGGCCUAGAGAAUAACCAUAGCAUCAUGCUGUCUCUCUCACUCCCCUUCCCAGUCUCUGCUGUCCACUGCGGCCGUCACAAGGGCUAAGUGGUUGAAUGAGCCCCGUGACUUCUCCUUACAAAUGCCAUGACUUACUUGUGACUCUAGUCUAAUCCCACGUUAAGAAACAAAACAAAAGCAAAUGGCCUGACCGGCUGCUUUGCUCCCCUCCUUCUCCUUCAGGCAUCCAAACAUAUCUAAACAUAGUUAGUAUUGUGCCCUGUGCCUUGCCCAGGGGAGGGAGAAGUUUCUAGCAAUCAUGGCUUCCUGUUUGCUGCCUGGUGCUUUCACAGCACUACUUCUUCUUCGUGGGUUUUUUUUUUUUUAACCAAAAUUACGUUUGUUUGGUUGUCAUUGUCGCGUAUGUAUUUAUUGUGCUUUACGACCAUGAGUCUAUGUAUGUUUGUAUAUGUAUAAAACCAAACUUAUAUAUAUAAAGUCAAGGCAUGUAUACUAGAUAUUUUAAAGAGUUAUUUAUCAAGGGGAAAAGAUGUGUGUUAUAAAGUAAACAGAGUCUAUAUUUUAUAUAUAAUGUAGAUAGCAGAAAAAUAGCUUAUAAAUUAUAGAAGGUUUUGGUUUUCUUUUUUUUAUUAUUAUUAAAGCAAAAAAAAAAAAAGAAAGAAAAGGAAAAAAGGACAGUGAAUGCAACUGUUUUUAGUGUUUUUAAGGCCAAACCUACUGUGGGAGGUGACCUUCCCUACUGGGCCCUUGGGCCAUAAGUCUGAGCUCCAGACCCAGGAGACAAUGCCUGCUGUUACCUCUGCGAUGCUCAGGGGACUGGGGUUAGCAUCGCUCAGCCAGCUGGCACGUGCCACCUCGCACGUGGCCUUUUGCUGCCCUCUCCAAUCUGCCUUGCUGGGAGAAAGAAGUGAAAGUAGCAAAUAAAGAUUGAAGAGAAGACACGA